AUGUUGAACACUCCUCAUCUCAUCUUCCUCACAUGUCUCCUUCUCCUCCUCCUCUCAUGCGCCGCCGCCCAAAGCCCGAUCCGAGACACAAACGGUAAAGAGGUGCGAAUCGGCUUCCAAUACCGCAUCAGGUCAGCCACUCGGCGUAUCCGCGAAGGGGUUCUCACCGCAGACCACCUCGACACUUGCCCUCUCAACGUCGUCCUAGCCAACUCUGGGUCGGGCCUCCCUAUGACCUUCCACCUGCCCAAGGAAUCGCCAGAGUAUGGUCUUGUUGUCUACACCCAAAAAGACCUCGACAUCCAGUUCUCAAUCGCCUCCAACGAAAAUUCGUGCAACGACGGCGGCGUAUGGGCGGCCUGA